GUUCCAAAACCCUGUGAUUCCAUUGGCCUGCGCCCCGGAGUGCUGCACUCUACGCAGUGCGUAGCGAGGGCAGCUUUUAAAGUACGGAAAACGAAAGUGAAUGAGGACAGACACCUGCAAGGGUCGUGUUUGUUCCCGUGAAGGAUGACGGAUACGUAUAGUGAUUCAGACAGAGCAGGGCUGGAUGAUGAGGAGGAGUUUGUGGAUAUCCUGGAGGAGAGGAGGCGCAGAAAUGAUCUUGGCUUUGCCCUCAGGACCUUCAGCCCCCACCCCUACAAAGGAGCCCUGCCCUGCUCAACGGCUGACCUCAACAAAGCCGUGAUGGAGUCUCAGUAUCUACGCUACGUGGCCAAGGAGAUAGCCAUGGAGACGGGGUCGUCGUUGGAGAACGUGAGAGAGGAGGCUCGUGGGAUUUUGGAGGAAAUGUCUCAAAACCUGCAACUGGGGUUCAUCAGGCUGAUGGCCUACACGCUCAGCAAGGUGUUCAAGAGACUCUUCACCAGCAUCUUUGUCAACAUGGAAGGACUCAACAGGCUCCAACAAGCCACGCAGGAGAGUCCAGUGAUUCUGAUGCCCAAUCACAGGAGUUAUGUGGACUUCUUGGCUAUCUCCUACAUCCUCUUCAGCUAUGACAUCCCAGUACCUGUUAUUGCUGCUGGAAUUCCUCUUGCAGGGAUGAAGAUAGUCGGAGAGAUACUGCGUCGCUCUGGAGCUUUCUUUAUCCGACGUGCCAUUGGCUCUGACAAACUGUACUGGGCAGUGCUGUCAGAAUAUGUCAAAACCAUUGUCAGGAGAGGAUUUGCUCCUGUGGAGUUUUAUGUGGAGGGCCUGCGGAGCCGCACACUGAAGUCUCUCCCGCCCAAGCUAGGUAUGAUGCACAUGGUGCUGGAGCCCUAUUUUAAAGGUGAGGUAUAUGACAUCACAUUGGUUCCCAUCAGUAUCAGCUACGACCGAGUGCUGGAGGAAUCGCUGCUUGCCCAUGAAUUACUGGGUGUCCCCAAGCCCAAAGAAAGCACUACGGGUCUGCUGAAAGCUAGCAAAGUGCUUCAGGAGGAUUAUGGCACCAUGCAUGUGAACUUUGGCCGUCCCCUCUCAGUCCGGCAGUUGUGUCACGGCAAGAUAAACCGCUGCCAGUACAACCUCAUACCAAGAGAUCUUCCUCAGAAGCCCAGUGCAGAGGCUCAAGCCUGUGUGAGCUGGCUGGCUCAUCUGGUGGUUCGAAUCCAAGAGGGGGACUCUCUAAUCAGUCCUUGGUCUCUGAUGGCCUGCCUGCUGCUCCAGGCCCCUAUAACAGUCUUAUCAGAAGAGGGCCUGCUGUGGCAUCAACUCACAGAGGAAACCCUCUGGCUCAGGAAGCUGGCGCUGGACUUUGGAGCUCGUCUGAACUGGCCUGGUCAAGUCCCUGACUUGGAUGUGAUGUCAUCCACCAUGGCCAAUCAUCGCUCCGUAGUUCACCGUAAAGCUGGACGUGUUUACCUGGUUCAGGAGGAAGAGCCUGCAAGGAAAUAUCCUGUCAGCCCAGAGGAGGGGGUGAUCAGCAGAGCAGCCGCUGUGCUGAUGCUGGCUUCCUAUAGAAAUCAGUCCAUGCAUGUUUUUGUGCGUCCUGCCAUGCUUGCAACGGCCAUGCACAUCACAAAGACCACACAGAGGGACGAGCUCUUCGCUUUCUUCUGCUUCCUAACGGAGGUCCUCUCCAACGAAUUCAUCUUCAUCCCUGGGAAAUCAUCUCAGGACUUUGAGGAGGCAUGCUGCUUACUGAAGAAAUGUGGAGCAGUCUGCGUCAGUCAACAGGAAGUGACAGUGUCAGACGCAGGGCCAGAGGUCUUAUCCUUCCUGCGGGCCCUUCUGCAACCCUUCAUAGAGUCUUAUCAGGUGAUGUUCAGGUACCUGUCUGAAGAGGGAGCUCAUGUGUUCUCUGAGAGACAGUUCCUACCUGCUGUGCGAAGCUUGGCUACAAAGCUCAUCCUCUCAGGUGAGCUUCACACCUACGAAGCCCUUUCAUCUGACACGCAGAAAAACGCUCUGUCGGCUCUGCGGCGGCUCGAGACUGUGACAAAGUUGAGGGCGUCUGAACAGAAUGAAUGCAGAGUGAACAAAGCAGCCGUCAGAAGAAUUGGAGACAUUCUCUCUGGGAAAAUCCCUCCCCAGAUGCUCCAGACUACACCUGACGCAAGACUUUAGUCUCCACUGGAACAGAUCCAUCUUCAGUAUCAGCUCACAGUCCUGUUUGAUGCUAUGUGACCUCUACCGCCUUUCCCCCUUUACUUCCU